UAGCCUCCAUUUCACUCAAUGUCACUACAUACCAAUGUUUUGGGUAUAAAACUGAAGAGCGUUGUGUACAGUUGUUAAAUCAUAUUAUUCAUCGCCAUGCAUUCCAAAGUGACGUCCGCCGCGUGGCUUUUAGCCAUAUUAUUCAUAAGUCAAACUAUAUGCCAAGAUAAAGACGAUAAAGACGAUAAAGAUGAUAAAAAGGAUAACUCAUCAGGUAGCAGUGGUAAUAAAACAGGUAGUGGUAACAGAACCAUUCCUACAGGUAUCGGUAACAUGACAUUCAACAUGAACGGCAUGUCCGGCAUCCAACUACCGUUCCCGUUUUUCCCGCCAUUCGGAUGUGACUUGACAUGCCAACCGAUGCAGUUACAAGUAUUUCAGCAACAACAAGUACAGCAACAGCCAGUGACGACUACCACACAAGCUCCGACGACCACGAAAAAGCCGAAAACCACAACACCAGCCCCUAGGCCGGCACCGACGACCACGACGUACACCUCGCAAACGGUCAUUAUGUACCCGAACUGGUGCCAGGGCUGGUGCAGGUUUUUCUAUCAACCACCACCGCAGCCGGUGUUUUACCAGCCGAACUGUUUACUGUUUUCGUGGAUGGGAAUGGGAUCGGGAAUGCCCAUGGGAAUGCAAACCACGACUUCUUCGUGAGUCUUUCGUGGACUCGCCCGCAGUGUUCGACAAACUGCUCCAACGAAACAGUCGUUAUCGGCGUGGUCCCAUCAUCAUGUACUUGCGUGUAAUAUUUAAUUUUUUUGUUUGCUCGUUUGUUAUUUAAAUAUUAUUACAACAUAUUGUCAACAACAAAGAUAAUAAAAAAAGAACAAUU